AUAUAUGAGGUUAUGUUUUAAGUCCCGUUAAUCUGGUCCAUGUGUUCUGUGCAACAAUUUACUAUAUAAUAAUUUUUUUUGUUGGAAAGAUAAAUAUUUGCCUUAAAAUUGUAUAAAUAUUAAUAAUCAAUGGCCCGUAUACCAUGCUCACUUGUUUUAGAAGAUGGAACUGUGUUCAAAGGUUACAAUUUUGGUUCCUGCACUUUACCUGUUGAUGGGGAAGUUGUUUUUCAAACUGGCAUUGUGGGUUAUCCAGAAUCCUUAACUGAUCCUUCUUAUUACAAACAGUUGUUAAUUUUGACAUUCCCACUUAUUGGAAAUUAUGGAGUUCCUGGCAAUGAAAUUGAUGAAUAUGGAAUUAAAAGAUGGUUCGAGUCCCAUCGUAUUUGGAUUUCAGCCCUUAUUGUUGAUGAAGUUUGUGAUCAGCCAAGUCACUGGCGUAGUGAAAAAUUAUUAAAUAAUUGGCUUGCUGAAAAUGAAAUACCAGGUAUUUGUGGUAUAGACACACGAGCUCUAACUAAACAUAUUCGAGAAAAAGGAACUUUACUUGGAAAAAUUAUUCAACAUGUUGAUAAAGAUUUUACCAAUAUAGUUGAUCCAAGCACAAUUAAUUUAGUUAAAGAUGUUUCAAUAUCUAUACCUAAAACUUAUAAUGAAAAUGGAAUGCCUAGAAUUCGUUUUGUAGAUUGUGGCUCUAAAUUUAAUCAGAUCAGAUGUUUUUUAAAACGUGGAGCUCGAGUUGAUAUAGUACCAUGGGAUCAUCCUUUAGACGAUUUCCAAAAUUAUGAUGGAUUAUUCAUAAGUAAUGGUCCAGGAAAUCCUGACAUGGCUAAAAAUACAAUUAGAAAUAUUCAAAAAGUAUUAGCAAGAAAGUCUGAUGUUAAGCCAAUUUUUGGAAUAUGCCUCGGACAUCAAUUGCUCGCUACUGCUGCUGGAUUUAAAACUUACAAAAUGAAAUUUGGAAAUCGGGGUCAAAAUCAACCCUGUGUGUUUGGUCAAAGUGGAAAGUGUUACAUGACUUCACAAAAUCACGGAUAUGCUGUAGAUCAUGUUGAAUCUGAUUGGGAUUCAUUAUUUACGAAUGCCAAUGAUAAAACUAAUGAAGGAAUUAUACACAAAAGUUUACCAUUUUUCAGUGUUCAAUUCCAUCCAGAAGCAUGUCCUGGACCAGAAGAUUUAGAAUGUUUGUUUGAUGUAUUUUUAGAUGCUGUUGUGAAUAAUAUGAAAAAAUUUGAUUUUCAAUUAAUUAACCUUAUUCAAUCUCAUUUAAAACCAGAAAUUCCAAAGUUCCGAGUGGAUGUCCAAAAAGUUUUGAUUUUAGGUUCUGGUGGAUUAUCAAUUGGUCAAGCUGGAGAAUUUGAUUAUUCUGGUUCCCAGGCAAUAAAAGCAUUACGGGAAGAAAAUAUUAUUACUGUAUUAAUAAAUCCAAAUAUUGCAACAGUUCAAACAUCCAUGGGAUUAGCUAACAAAGUUUACUUUUUACCAUUAGAGCUUGAUUUUGUUACUCAAGUUAUUCAAUCUGAAAGACCAGAUGGUAUAUUAUUAACUUUUGGUGGACAAACUGCUCUUAACUGUGGGAUUGAACUAAAAAAAUCUGGCAUUUUGGAACAAUAUAAUAUUAAGGUUUUAGGAACAUCCAUUGAAACAAUUAUUGCAACAGAAGAUCGUAAAGAAUUUGCUGACAAAGUAGUUCAAAUAGGUGAACAAGUUGCCCCUAGUGCUGUUGUUACGUCUAUUAAUGAAGCAUUAGAAGCUGUUAAUAAGCUAGGAUAUCCUCUUCUUGUAAGAAGUGGUUUUAGUUUAGGUGGACUCGGUUCUGGCUUUGCAAAUAACGAGUCAGAGUUGCUUGUGUUGGCUAAACAAUGUUUUACUCAUAGCAACCAAAUGAUUUUAGAUAAAUCAUUAAAAGGAUGGAAAGAAGUAGAAUAUGAAGUAGUGCGUGAUGCUUAUGAUAAUUGUAUAACUGUGUGCAAUAUGGAAAAUGUAGAUCCAUUAGGUAUUCAUACUGGAGAGUCAAUUGUUGUAGCUCCAAGUCAAACACUAUCUAACACAGAAUAUAAUAAAUUAAGAACAACAGCAAUUAAAGUUGUUCGUCAGCUUGGAGUAGUCGGUGAAUGUAACAUUCAAUAUGCCCUUAGUACAGUAUCAGAUGAGUUUUAUAUAAUUGAGGUAAAUGCACGUCUAUCUAGAAGUUCAGCACUAGCUAGUAAAGCAACUGGAUAUCCUUUAGCCUAUGUGGCUGCUAAACUUUCUCUUGGUAUUGCCUUACCAGACAUAAUAAAUUCUGUAACCUCUUCUACUACUGCAUGCUUUGAACCAAGUCUUGAUUAUUGUGUUGUUAAAAUGCCUCGUUGGGAUCUCAGUAAAUUUAUUCGUGCAUCAACAAAAAUUGGAAGCUCUAUGAAGAGUGUAGGAGAAGUUAUGUCUGUUGGUCGUAAUUUUGAAGAAGCAUUUCAGAAAGCUUUUAGAAUGGUCGAUGAAAAUUUUUCAGGAUUUGAUCCAUAUUUAAAAUCUGUAAAUGAUAAUGAAUUGGAACAACCAACUGACAAAAGAAUUUUUGUAUUAGCCGCUGCUUUAAAAAGUGGCUAUUCAAUUGACAAAUUGUAUGAGCUUACAAAAAUUGAUCGUUGGUUUUUACAUAAAAUGAAAAAUAUUAUUCAGCAUCAGACUUUACUGGAAUCUUUCAACUAUCCUAAUGUACCGUAUGAACAUUUGUUAAAAGCAAAGCGUUUAGGAUUUUCUGAUAAACAAAUUGCAUCAUUUGUGCAAAGUACUGAACUUGUCAUACGAAAACGCCGUGAAGAACAAGGAAUUACACCAUUUGUUAAACAAAUUGAUACGGUAUCUGCAGAAUAUCCAGCAGAAACAAACUAUCUCUAUUUGACUUACAAUGCUACUAGCAGUGAUUUAGAAUUUCCUUCUAAUUUUAUUAUGGUCAUUGGUUCUGGUGUGUACCGAAUCGGAAGUUCUGUUGAAUUUGAUUGGUGUGCUGUUGGAUGCCUUCGUGAAUUAAGAAAAUUAGGCAAAAAAACAAUUAUGGUUAAUUGCAACCCUGAAACCGUCAGUACAGAUUACGAUAUGUGUGAUAGAUUAUACUUUGAAGAUAUAUCAUUUGAAGUAGUGAUGGACAUUUAUAACUUGGAGAAUCCUGAAGGUGUUAUAUUAUGUAUGGGAGGACAGUUACCAAAUAAUAUAGCUAUGGAUUUGCACAGACAAAAUGCUCGCAUCUUAGGAACAUCUCCAGAAAAUGUGGAUGGAGCAGAAAAUCGUUUCAAAUUUUCUAGAAUGUUGGACAGAAUAAAAAUAUCUCAACCUAGAUGGAAAGAAUUGACUGAUCUCAAAUCAGCUAUAGAAUUUUGCCGAGAAGUAGGAUAUCCAUGUUUAGUAAGGCCAUCUUAUGUUUUAAGUGGGGCUGCUAUGAAUGUAGCACAUAAUGAUGGUGAUUUAAAAGCAUAUUUAAAAUCUGCAAGUGAAGUAUCAAGAGAACAUCCUGUAGUUAUUUCUAAAUUUCUUGAAGAUGCUAAAGAAAUUGACGUGGAUGCAGUUGCCAAAGAUGGGCAGAUACUUUGUAUGGCUGUUAGUGAACAUGUAGAAAAUGCUGGUGUACAUUCAGGUGAUGCUACCCUAGUAACACCUCCUCAAGAUAUUAAUAAAGAAACAUUAGAAAAAAUUAAAUUUAUAUGUCAUUCUAUUGCCUCAUCACUAAAUGUAACUGGGCCAUUAAAUAUGCAACUUAUUGCAAAAAAUAAUGAACUUAAAGUUAUUGAAUGUAAUGUACGGGUAUCAAGAUCUUUUCCUUUUGUAUCCAAAACAUUGGGUCAUGAUUUUGUUGCAAUGGCUACUCAAGUAAUUAUAGGACAAGAAGUAGAGCCUAUUGAUGUAUUGUCUGGUGUUGAUGGAAGAGUUGGAGUAAAAGUAGCAGUAUUUUCAUUUUCUCGUAUAGCUGGAGCUGAUGUUAUGUUAGGAGUAGAAAUGUCUUCGACAGGUGAAGUUGCCUGUUUUGGAGAAAACCGAUAUGAUGCAUACUUAAAAGCAAUGAUAAGCUCAGGAAUGCAUUUACCUCAACCGGGUGCUAAAAUUUUUUUGUCCAUUGGAAAAAUUAAACAUAAAGAAGAAUUACUUGACAGUGUAAAAGCUCUUCAAGCAUUAGGGUAUAAAUUGUAUGGAAGUAGUGGAACAGCUGAUUACUAUAACUAUAACACUAAAGGAAUAACUGUAAUACCAUGUGACUGGAGAUUUGAUAAUAUUGGUAUCAAUACUACUAGUGGUGAUUUGCUUAGUUUAGCAGAAUAUCUGAGUAAUAAAAAUUUUGAUUUUGUUAUAAAUGCUCCUAUGAUGGUAAGUGGAGCAAAUAGAGUGGCUUCAUUUUUUACUCCUGGAUAUCAGAUGCGCAGACUUGCUGUAGAACAUUCUGUACCAUUAGUAACUGAUGUUAAAUGUGCUAAACUUCUUAUUGAAGCAAUGGUUAGAAUAGGAUGUAAACCGUCUUUAAAAACCCAUAUUGAUUGUAUUUCAUCUCAAAAGUUAUUAAAGUUACCUGGAUUAAUUGAUAUGCAUGUACAUGCACGUGAGCCAGGAGCUACACAAAAAGAAGAUUUUGCAUCUUGUACUGCAGCAGCAUUAGCUGGUGGUGUGACAUUAAUUGCUGCUAUGCCCAACACUAAUCCAACUGUGAUAGAUCAAAAUUCAUAUGAAUUGGCAAAAAAAUGUGCAAUAGCUGGAGCUAGAUGCGAUUAUAUCCUAUAUGCAGGAGCAUCUACAACUAACAGUAUAGAAAUUGCACAAAAUGCAAAGCAAUAUGCUGGACUUAAGAUGUAUCUCAAUGAAACAUUUAGCACUUUACAACUUCAAAGCAUUUCUUCAUGGGUGUCUCAUUUUGAAAAUUGGCCCAAAAACAUGCCGUUAGUUGUACACGCCGAAGACCAAACUUGUGCUGCUGUUUUAAUGUUAGCUUCUUUAUACAAUCGUUCUGUUCACAUCUGCCAUGUUGCUCGCAAAUCAGAAAUACUUUUGAUCAAAGCUGCAAAAGAAAAAGGUAUUAUGGUAACAUGUGAAGUAUCUCCUCAUCAUUUAUUUUUAUGUGAUGAAGAUAUCAAUAGACUGGGCCCUAACAAAUCACAAGUAAGACCAGUACUUUGUUCUAAAGAAGAUCAGCAAGCUCUUUGGGAUAAUUUUGAUUUAAUAGACUGUAUUGCAACAGACCAUGCUCCUCAUACAUUGGAUGAAAAAUUAAGUGAUAAAGCACCUCCUGGGUUCCCAGGUCUUGAAACUGUCUUACCUUUGUUAUUAAAUGCUGUAAAUGAAGGUCAUAUGACUAUUAAAGAUAUAGUUGAAAAAAUGUAUACUAAUCCCAUGAAAAUACUUGGCUUAACACCUCAACCAGAUACUUAUAUUGAAAUAGAUAUGAAUUCUGAGUGGACAAUUCCAUUAAUAACACCUUAUUCAAAAGCAAAAUGGACACCUUUUUCAGGACGUCAAGUACGUGGAUCAGUACAUAGAGUUGUUUUGCGUGGGCAAGUAGUUUGCAUUGAAGGUAAAGUACUUGCUCAACCUGGAUUUGGUCGAGAUUUACGAGAACCAACAAGAUUGGGUAAAGUUCUUGCAGAUGCUGGUUCUCAAGUUGAAUUAAACGUAAAGACUUCAUUACUUCCACAUACUGAUGUUCAUAAUUUAUUCAAUAAUGUCAUGUCUGAGAUCAGAGAACAAGUUGCUCAAGAAAUUGAAAGUGUAACUGGUGUUAAGUCUGACUUAAGAAGACAACGAAAUCUAUCAGGUAGUGAAUCUAAAGACAUGAGCUUAUUAACAAUUAGUACAUCAAGUUUGAAUAAACGAUCAAAACAAGCUUCUGAAGAUGUUUUAAACUUAAUGACUCCUAUACCUACUCACGGGUUAGCACAUAGUCAUAUUUUAUCAGUAGAUAUGUUCUCUAAAGAUCAGUUAAAUGAAAUAUUUAAUUUGGCACAAACAUUAAGAGUCUAUGUCAUUAAAGGUCGUCCAUUAGAUAAUAUUUUAAAAGGUAAAGUUAUGGCUCUAAUAUUUUAUGAAGUUAGUACAAGAACCAGUUGUAGUUUUUCAAUAGCUAUGCAAAGAUUAGGUGGUAAAGUUGUCAAUAUUGAUGAAACCAGUAGCUCUGUAAAAAAAGGAGAAACUUUGGAAGAUACUGUAGAAGUUAUGAGUGGCUAUGUUGAUGUAGUUGUUAUGCGACAUCCAGAACCAGGUGCAGUUAGAAAAGCUGCCAGACAUUGUCGUAAACCAAUGUUGAAUGCUGGAGAUGGAACUGGAGAACAUCCAACUCAAGCUCUGCUUGAUGUAUUUACAAUUAGAGAAGAAAUCGGUACAGUUAAUGGUCUAACUAUUACUUUAGUUGGUGAUUUGAAAAAUGGUCGUACUGUACAUUCACUAGCUAGGCUUUUAACAUUGUACAAAGUGAAUUUACGUUAUGUUAGUCCAGCUAAUUUAGGUAUGCCAACAUCUGUACGCCAGUUUGUUUCAUCACGAGGAAUUCCCCAAGAAAACUUCUCAUCCCUUGAAGAAGCUCUACCUGAUACAGAUGUGUUAUAUAUGACUCGAAUUCAACGGGAACGGUUUCCAGAUGAAAUUAGUUAUCAACAAGCAUGUGGUCUUUUUGUAGUAACACCUGAAGUAAUGAUCAAAGCUAAGCGUAAAAUGAUAGUUAUGCACCCAUUACCAAGAGUAUUUGAAAUCAGCCCUGAAUUUGAUUCUGAUCCAAGAGCUGCAUAUUUCAGACAAGCGGAAUAUGGAAUGUAUGUUAGAAUGGCUCUUAUUGCUAUGGUACUUGGGAAAUGUUAAAUUUUCAUAACCAAAAAAUGUAUUAUUUUGUGAUAAGAUUUAUAUAAGACAUAAUUGUGAUAAAAUUAUUACCAUAGUUGCACUUUUUUUUAGAUUAUUGAUAAACUUUUUUAGUUAUAA